AUGUCAGAAGUACGGAAGCGCGCAAAUGGCAGCGCCAACGGCACCGCUGCGACCAAGAGCACCGCCGAAGACCACCCAUACGAGAACAUCUUCCUCUUCAUCCCCAACUUGAUCGGCUACUCGCGCGUCGUUCUUGCCGUAGCUUCCCUCUACUACAUGCCCCUCCACCCACGCACAUGCUCGCUCCUCUAUAGCGUGUCAUGUCUGCUCGACGCCCUCGACGGGUACGCGGCCCGCCGGUUCGAGCAAUCUACAAAGUUCGGUGCAGUUUUGGACAUGGUAACGGAUAGGUGCACUACAACAUGUUUGCUUGUCUUCUUGGCGCAAGCAUUCCCUCGAUGGAGCAUCGUCUUCCAGGGUCUCAUUUCCUUGGAUCUAGCCAGUCACUACAUGCACAUGUACGCGACGCUGAGCAUGGGUGGCAGCGGCCAGAGCCAUAAGAACGUGGACGAGAGCAGGAGCUGGAUCUUGAAACAGUACUACUCCAACAACAAAGUGCUCUUCACCUUCUGCGCAAUGAACGAAAUCUUCUUCAUCGCCCUUUACCUCCUCUCCUUCAGCUCGCCGCUCCUCUCGCCUACCCUGCUAGGUGACAAGCAGACCCCGUCGUCGAUCCAGCCUGGCUCGCCAGCCGCCCCAAAGCCCUCCAUGUUCUUCACCAGCCCCUGGUCAGCAGGCGCUAUGGAGAUGGCUCGCGCGAACAAGAUGGACUCGACGCUGCCAUGGAUCCUGACAUUGACCUCGGCGCCUGUCAUGGCCAUCAAGCAGUACAUCAACAUUGUCCAGAUGGUCAAGGCGAGUCAGUGGCUCGCUGAGGGUGACAGGGAAGCCAGGCGGCUGGCCGGUCUGCCCAAGCCGCACAAGGAGUAA